AUGCGACUCAUUAACGUCAACACAAGAGCAUUGGAGGAGUUCCAUACGAAGCCUCCUCGAUAUGCCAUCUUGUCCCACACAUGGGCCGCAGACGGCGAAGAGCUCCUAUACGACCACAUGAUCAAGGGGCAAACAAUAAGGGACUGUAUAGGGAAGACGAAACUCGAUGGAUGCUGUAAGCAAGCGAAAGAUGAUAACCUCGAACACGUUUGGAUCGACACCUGCUGCAUCAAUCGAGCAAAUGCAACUGAAUUAGGGGAAGCCAUCAACUCCAUGUUCCGUUGGUACCAAGGAUCAACAACUUGCUACGCGUAUCUCGCCGAUGUCAACGAAGGGGAUCGCAACUUUCACGAUAGCUUCCGCGCAAGUCGCUGGUUUCAGAGAGGUUGGACUUUACAAGAGCUGUUAGCCCCAAAUAAUGUGGUCUUUUACGACAGAAGCUGGCAGCUCCUAGGAUCGAAGAACCGACUUGCAGGCAUUGUGGAGGAGGUCACAGGGAUUCCGCGUCCAUAUCUCUUGGGGUAUGUCGGGCUUCAAUCAGCCAGUGUUGCGCAACGAAUGGCUUGGGCUGCGAAGAGAACUACAACAAAGGAAGAGGACAUUGCAUAUUGUCUUUUCGGAAUAUUUAACGUUACGAUACCCAUGAUUUAUGGUGAAGGCAAUCAGGCCUUCACUCGACUCCAAGAGGAAAUCAUGAAGAGGACAUCGGACGAUUCAAUCCUGGCUUGGGGACUUGCUACUGACCUGGCUCCUGUGGAAGGGAGCAAUGGAGGUGUGAAAAGGUUUGGAAGCGUACUAGCUACCAACCCUGCAGCAUUUCUACACAGUGGGACGAUCGUUUCCCGCGGCAAUCUCGAUGUGUCCGGCAUUCGGGGUGGUUUCCUCCACGCCAAACUUGGCCUCCAUGUUGACGCGGACGGGCAGACAUUUGGCUUGCUGAACUGUCAUCCAAAAGACAGCGACCAUAAGGCUGUGGGGAUUCCGCUGUGCCGCGUCAAUCCUGGGGAAGAUUCCGACGAGUAUCUCAGACCACAAGACAGCAAAGCUUCUUUGCUGUCAACGUCAAUCACCCAGGCCUCGAGAGCAAGUCCGCGAUCUGUACGCAUUUUUGAAUCGCUUCAGUUCGCCGACGAAGCGGCCUUCGACCGAAGGCAUGGGUUUAGCAUCGAGACACCCUCCAGUGGAGAGCUUCUUUUACUCGAUGUACAUCCGCAGGAAAGGUGGGAGAAAAGAUCUUCUUUUAUUCUCGCCGGUGCGGACUUUUCCCGAAACAUGAUCCAGCAAACGUGGCUGAAGCUCCGGUAUGCGGCUUCCCCAUCGGACGACUUUCUCAUCGCGCUCGAACUUGAGAUCGAAGACUCUCAACCGACCGGCCGAUGUCAUGUCAUGACUGCGUCAAGGCAAACAAUUCUGGCCGAAGUAGCUUCAGAACCGGGCAUUACAGAACACGUUUUCGGAAAUACAAGGGCCCAUAACCAAUUCUUCAAUCUCAAGGCAAAACUCACACAAGAACAACUUGGGAGUCAACCUAUGUUUAUUGUCAGAUUGUACUCAGUUGACUCCCCUUCCGGCGUUAGUGUUGACGCCAGUCUUGAGCUCUCACUCAUCGGCCGCAGCAAACAGCUCAAAAGUCUAUUGAAAGAGGAUAGACGUAUGCGUCCCGAGCUCCUUGAGCUUCGAAAGUCUAUCCGGGAAAAGACAACUGCAGUGGACGAAACCACAGCAAAGCUGAAAGCAGUGCAAGAGGAACUGGACCGAUUGCAACAUAAGAAGGACGGACUGUCGGCCCAACUGGAAUCAGAUACUCAAGAACUAGCUUAUUUUGUUGAAGCAAACCGAACACAGGUAGAAAGGGAGACAGAAAUAUUCGAUUUUGUAUCAUCAGCUGGAACGCUGCCCCCACAUUGCGGACAGGAAAGGGCGUCGAAAUGGCUUGAAGGCAUCAUCGACCAUCUUUCAACUAGCGCACCAAGCAAAGAUGCCACAAUCAACGACAUGCCUGACAAAACCCAGCGCACAUUGAUGCAAAAUGUGGCAAAUGGAAAUUUGGCAGCACUAAGGUUUCUUGCGGAUAAUCACGUCAACAUUCGUUGUGAAACGACUACAGGGGUCGGGACCUUGUCGAUGGCGAUCCUCCGCGGGCACCUUGCUGCAGUAUGUUGGCUCCUUGACCAGGGAAUGAAUAUUGAUUCGGAAGAUGGCGAGGGAGUCACGCCGCUCUUCAGAGCAGUUUCUCAUCGAGACCAAGAAGCUGUUACAUUACUGCUGGAUCGCGGCGCAUCCAUUAACGCUAAAAGCUCCGGGAGAAACCAGCGUACACCGUUGGCUAUUGCUGCCAGGAGAAACGACGAGCAUAUUUGCCAGCUUCUCAUCGAAAGAGGGGCUGAUGUGAAUAUUGCUGACAAGUUUGGACUCACGCCGCUGGCCCUGGCAGCUCGUGCAGGUCAUUCGGUAAUUCUUCAAAUUCUGAUAAAGAGCAGAGCUGAUAUGGAGCUUCAAGACGAAAAAGGCCUGACACCGGCGUAUCUUGCAGGGCAGCAGGGUCAUUUGUCCGUACUUACAACGCUGAUUAAAAAAGGCGCCGAUAUUGACGCGAGAGACCAGAAUGGUCGAACGCUUCUGGCAUAUGCAGCAAGCGAGAACGAUGAGGAAUUGGCAAGAUUGUUGCUCGAUCAGAAGGCUCGCAUCGAUGCUUUGGACGAUGAAAACCAAACACCUUUGGCACUGGCUGAGCAACUAAGGCACAAAUCCAUGAUCAGGCUGCUCCUUAACCGCAAUGCCAAUCCCGAAUUUAGAGACAAGCUUGGACGCACGUCUCUUGGAAGAGCUGUGGAGAGAAGAAGCCUAGACACAGUGAAACUCUUGCUCGAUCUUAAGGUCAAUGUCGAGUCCAAAGAUAAAUCCGGCUACACCGCACUUGCCCUAGCCGCUGAGAGCGGUUGCCUAAAAAUAUCCAGGACUCUAAUCGAAGGAGGAGCGAACGUUAAUUCCACAGACCACGCUUCAGAUACACCCCUCAGUUUGGCGGCGAACCAAGGUCACAAAUCGGUUGUUGGGCUGUUAUUGGACCAUUCAGCCGACCUUGAGUUAGCUAACGCACUUGAUCGCUCGACUCCACUGAUGCAAGCUGUACGCAACGGCCGCAGAAAAACGGCGAAAGUGUUGCUGAAAAAGGGAGCGAAAGUCAACGCCAAGGACAAAGAUGGCCUGACUCCGCUCUUCAUCGCCAUCAAAAUGCGUCGGUCUCCUCUGGUGCGCAUCCUUUUGGAUCAUGACGCUCGCACCGACAUCAAAUCGAAAGAUGGAUUGAAUCCCCUGUAUUACGCCAUCAAGCAGAAGAACAAGGACUCUGUUCGGUUGCUUUUGGACAGAGGCGCAGAUACAUCCCAGCUGAAAAAGCUGCCACCCCCGUUGCAAUAUGCAAAAGACCUCAUCGUUGAAGAGGGCACUCGCAGCACCUCGAACGCAGAUGGAGAGGGUGGAAUUGCUGAAUUAAAAAGCAUCGUCAAGAUUCUACAAAAAUUUGAACAUCCUGAGUCUUCGUGA